GUGAAACAAUUACGUGUCUCUCAGCAGUUGUCAGGAAUUAUCUAAGCUUUCUGUAAACCGUAAACGAGACAUGUGGAAGUAGUUCAAAAUGCGGACAAGUUGCUAACGAAAAACAGACUUACGUUGUAUCAAGACGAAAAGAAACAAACUUCAACGGUUCUGUCUUUUAAGGAGCGUGAAACUUGUCAGCACAGAAGCAAACUGGAACAGCUUGUUCUCGCUCGUUUAAAUCAUGGACGCGAUAGUAAAAUUCACAAACCAAAGUCAAGGAAAGGACCGCUUAUUCAGAGCAACACAGUAUGCAUGCGCACUGUCCAUAUAUUUACUCCGAAACGACGCGGAGAAAAAGGACUUGGUGGCCAAACUGAAAACUCUAGAGAGCAACAUGAGUGCUGGACGAAAAUUGCUCAGGCUGGGAAACACAGCAAAUUCCAUUGAGGCUGCUAAGCGAACCAUGCAGCUCUCUGACCGAGUGCUGUGUCUGUGCCUCACUGCGGCAAACAUCAACCGCGCCCUCUACUUUAUCUGUGACAAUGUACUUUGGGCCAAAAGUGUCGGCCUUAUCCGCGAUAUUGACAAGGAACGCUGGAGCUUAAAUGCCUCUCGCUGCUACUUCUACUCGUUAGUGAUGAAUUUGACCAGAGAUGUUUAUGAAGUUCUCCAGUUGAUGAUACAGAGAGGGAGAGAUGAACACUUCAAGGAAAAAAUGGAGCAGAAUCUCAAUCAGUCUCCUGAAGUAGCUGAAGUCAUCAUUCCUCAGAUGGAUGCUUUUGUUUUCCUGCUUAUAGAAACCCUAAAAUCCCAUCCAGCGGUUGCCUUGGACACCGUGAAAAACAUUUGUGAUCUCUUCAUUCCUUUAGACAAGCUAGGCAUUUACAAGUCAAAUGCAGGAGUGGUUGGAUUUUGUGGGCUGAUAUCCUCCCUGAUUGGCAUUGUCACCCUUGCACAGCCCAAUUUAAGGAUUAAGCCAUAAUUAACAAGCUCACGGCUACACUGAAGCUCAGUGAAAUUCAUGUUUAACACCAAUCCCAAAGCAAGCUUACAAGGUUUUUAGAAUAACUUUUUUAGCAGAUUUGAAGUCUGUUUAAAAUUCCUCUUUGAAAGGGGAAAGUAUUAAUAUAACUUUGUAGAGUUUUUUACUCAUUUAGAAGACCCAGAGGAACAGUUUAUUUUUACGUUCAACUCAGCAUUCCUGUCUUCUUCAACACUAGCAGUUUUAUAACUAAUACCUUUAGUAGUUUACAUGAUCAGGCCUUCUGUAUCUGCUGCUGGUAAAAGGUUGGUGUACAUCUGUGUGGUGGUUUUUACUUUGGAGUCUUUUGUCUUUGCUACGCUCAUUGUUUUCUGAUAAAAUGCUGCUCUACGUUAUGUUGAUUCAAGUGAUGAGUUCACUGCUUCUCAGCCAAGCAAAGAGAAAAAUGUGUCUUUAACGUUAACUUGGAGAAAAUCAAACAUUAGUAAAAUAUAUCUACUGUAUAUUGAUUCAAUAUUUUCAGGAUUGUAGACACUAAUGUGUUAGUCCUGAUGAUGUAAAGAAAUGAUUUUUUUUUUCUUUUUGUGGUUUGUAUGACCAAGAUCAAUGUGAGGGUAAAACCCAAAACUUUAAACUUUGAAUCCUCAGAGCUGACAGUGUGUGAUGAUUAUGUACUAAUGAUGGCAUCAAGCUUUUACUUGGACUACCUGGAAGAACAGGUGCUAAAUAAGUUUCUCCACUGCUGCAGUUGUCUAAAAGUUUAAAUAAUCAGGUGUGUGAGUAACAGGUGUAACACCGUCCUCUUCAGGACACACAAAGCUUGUGAAAUUGAAGAGCUUUAUUUUCUAUUUCACUGAGACAACAAUACACUUUAUUUUGAAAGCUUUCUCAAGAGGAUGACAUGAUAAAGCAUCCACCAUCAAAAAAAUUGCAAAAAUAUAUUUAGUUUCCCUUUCACGAUACUUUAAAGUUUUGCUGUGAAAAGAAUUAACAAACUAUGCAAAGAUGAGUUGCAUAAAAGAACAAACAUACAAAGCAAUAAAUAAGGAAUUUUGUUCUCCUAAAUAUAUAAUAAAUUGCAGUAAUCCAUAGCAGAAAGAUUUUAAUUUCACAUUUCCACUGGUGUUUUUUAUUUUUUUAAAUUUAUUUUUUCCUCCCAGUACCAACAGAUCGUCAGAG